CCCACCCCGCCCACUGCCCCCCGCAUGGACCUGCAGCAGCCUGUGACCAACCUGAGCGAGCUGUGCCGGAGCUGCGGACACGCCCUAGCUGACCACGUGUCCCACCUGGAGAACGUCUCGGAAGAAGAGAUCAACCGGCUGCUGGGGAUGGUGGUGGAUGUGGAAAAUCUCUUUAUGUCGGUCCACAAAGAGGAAGACACGGACACCAAGCAAGUGUACUUCUACCUGUUCAAGCUGCUGAGGAAAUGCAUCCUGCAGAUGAGCCGUCCCGUGGUAGAGGGGUCCCUCGGCAGCCCGCCCUUUGAGAAGCCGAACAUCGAGCAGCUUCCUGCUGUCGGUUUCCCCUGCCCGCCAUCACCUGCCCUGCCCAGGUUUCUGUCGAUGCUGGAAGAGGAGAUCUACGGGGAGAACUCGCCCAUCUGGGAAUCGGACUUCACCAUGCCGGCCACAGAAGGCUCCCAGCUGGUCCCACGCCCAGCAGCCGUCAGCACCGUCCCCGUGCCCAGCACCCCCAUCUUCAGCAAGAAGCUCAGCAGCAGCAGCUCCCUGUCCUCCAUGAGCCUGGAUGCCAGCGCGGCAGAGCCUGUGCCAGGCGAGAAGCGGAAGCUGCCGGAGAGCCUGACGCUGGAGGAUGCUAAGCGGAUCCGGGUCAUGGGCGACAUCCCCAUGGAGCUGGUCAAUGAGGUGAUGCUGACCAUCACGGACCCGGCCGCCAUGCUGGGCCCAGAGGUACGGGGCGGGGAGGGCUCCCGUCACCCCAGCAAACACAAGACCCUGGCUUUGAUCAAGGACGGGCGGGUGAUCGGAGGAAUCUGCUUCCGGAUGUUCCCCACCCAGGGCUUCACGGAGAUUGUCUUCUGCGCCGUCACCUCCAACGAGCAAGUGAAGGGGUACGGGACGCACCUGAUGAACCACCUGAAGGAGUACCACAUCAAGCACAACAUCCUCUACUUCCUGACGUAUGCCGACGAGUACGCCAUUGGCUAAUUCAAGAAAGAGGGCUUCUCCAAGGACAUCAAAGUGCCCAAGGGCCGCUACCUGGGCUACAUCAAGGAUUACGAGGGGGCCACCCUGAUGGAGUGUGAGCUCAACCCCCGCAUCCCCUACACCGAGCUCUCGCACAUCAUCAAGAAGCAGAAGGAGAUCAUCAAGAAGCUGAUCGAGAGGAAGCAGGCACAGAUCCGCAAGGUCUACCCGGGCCUGACGUGCUUCAAGGAGGGCGUGCGGCAAAUCCCCGUCGAGAGCAUCCCCGGGAUCCGAGACGCGGGAUGGCGGCCGCUGGGGAAGGAGAAAGGGAAGGAGCUCAAGGACCCCGACCAGCUGUACAACACCCUGAAAAACCUCCUGGCCCAAAUCAAGGUGACGGGGCUGUGGGGGGUGGCUCCCCCGGGGUCUUGCUCUGGGCCCCCAGAGACGCUGGAGGCAGAGACCUCGCUGGACCUGAAGACGAUGACCGAGCGCCUGAAGAAUCGCUACUACGUCACCAAGAAGCUCUUCAUCGCCGACCUGCAGCGCAUCGUCACCAACUGCCGGGAGUACAACCCGCCCGACAGCGACUACUGCAAGUGCGCCAACACCCUCGAGAAGUUCUUCUACUUCAAGCUCAAGGAGGCCGGGCUCAUAGACAAGUAGGGGCCCCGGUGGGGGGCCUGGCCUCGCGCCCCCCUCGUGCCCAAGGCCUCCGUUCCUGCGUGACUCUCCCAGGAGGGGCCCCGCUCAGCUGCUGGCC